AUGGGUGGUAAAGCGUUCUCUCAGACCUUGCCUCCCGAAUCGUUCCCUCGCAUGUCCCAUGCGACGUACGACCGUCUCAAAUCAUUGUACCUUCAUCGUCUUCGCGAUCUAUAUGGCGUCGUCGAGGUUCCACCUGAGGAUCCCGAGAAGGAUGACCACGGGGACCUUGAUUACCUCGUUGCUUUCCCCAGAGAUGGUCUCACACCUGCUGACGUGAAGGACGCCCUGGGUGCUGUUGAGAUCAUUUUCAGAGAAGGCAACGAGACUAGCCACUAUGCCAUCCAGGCUGAUGAGGACGGGCACUUCGUUCAAAUUGAUGUGCAUGCUUGUUCCGGCAGUGACAUGCUGGAGCGCAUCCUUUUCUAUCACUCCUAUGGAGGGAUCGGUAUGAUGCUCGGCAGAAUAGCCAAAAGCAUCAGCAUGACACUGAGUAUCUCCACAUUAAAGAUCUCCCAGAGCGACCCCGAAGAAUGCCACCCCGUCUCAUUCAAGCUUUCGGACAAUCUGGAUGACAUUCUUACCUUCUUCGGCUUAUCUCUCGAUGUGUGGAGGGCGGGAUUCCGGACGAGGCGCGCCCUGUUUGAGUGGCUAGCAUCGUCCCGGUACUUCUUUCCAGCACGACUGGCUACAGGACGUGUGGUUGAGAACAGCUCAGAAAGGCGUCGACUUACAAGAGACAUCUAUCACGCGUUCGGGGAUUUUGUGGACGAAGUAGCAAGCUUGCAAAUGCCUCUAGGUACUGACGAACUCAUCCAAAGCCGUCGCUCUUCAAAUAAGCAGAUCCGGGAAGAGGCUCUACUAUAUUUUGGCAAGAAGUCUGAAUACGACGAUGUCAUCCACGCUAAUUGGGUGAGAAUGCGUUUGAAGACGACUUUCACUGGGCUGAAAGUGGUCGAAUGGACCAACCUAUGGGGAAAGAAGGUCUCGGAGGUCAUGAAGGAAACCAAGAGGCGUGUUGGAGGCGAUGAUGCGAUGGCUCGUCUUGAUGAAGAAGAGGUGAGGAUCUGGGUACUUCGUGUGUACGAAGAUCUUCGCCUGGUCUGGGAUCGCGAGGAGGCGGAACAGUCGAAAAUGACUCGUUAAUAGCGCAGCAUCACUCUCUGACUUCGGUGCUCAGGCAGCUCAUUGUGUACUGGACUAUUAUCUCCUGUCAUUUAUUGACUGCGUGCGUAUGUAGGAAG